UUCCCAGCUCCCGGACCAGAUUUGCCGGCGGUGACUGCCCAUCCUCACCCGCCAUGAGCCACCCGUCGGGCCUCCGAGCCAGCGUCAGUUCCACCUCAUACCGCCGCACCUUCGGGCCACCGCCCUCACUGUCCCCUGGGUCCUUCUCCUAUGCGUCCAGCUCCCGCUUCUCGAGCAGUCGCUUGCUGGGCUCAGCGUCCCCUGGCUCCUCCGUGCGCCUGGGCAGCUUCCGCGGCCCCCGGGCGGGCGCGGGCGCCCUCCUGCGCCUGCCCUCGGAGCGCCUCGACUUCUCCAUGGCCGAGGCCCUCAACCAAGAAUUCCUGGCCACGCGCAGCAACGAGAAGCAGGAGCUGCAGGAGCUCAACGACCGCUUCGCCAACUUCAUUGAGAAGGUGCGCUUCCUGGAGCAGCAGAACGCGGCCUUGCGCGGGGAGCUGAGCCAGGCCCGGGGCCAGGAGCCAGCGCGCGCCGACCAGCUGUGCCAGCAGGAGCUGCGCGAGCUGCGGAGGGAGCUAGAGCUGCUGGGCCGCGAGCGCGAUCGGGUGCAGGUGGAGCGCGACGGGCUAGCGGAGGACCUGGCGGCACUCAAGCAGAGGUUGGAGGAGGAGACACGCAAGCGGGAGGAUGCGGAGCACAACCUGGUGCUUUUCCGCAAGGAUGUGGACGACGCCACCCUGUCCCGCCUGGAACUAGAACGCAAGAUUGAGUCUCUGAUGGAUGAGAUUGAGUUCCUCAAGAAGCUGCACGAAGAGGAGCUUCGAGACCUGCAGGUAAGCGUGGAGAGCCAGCAGGUACAGCAGGUCGAGGUGGAGGCCACCGUGAAGCCUGAGCUGACGGCGGCGUUGAGGGACAUCCGCGCGCAGUACGAAAGCAUAGCGGCGAAGAACCUGCAAGAGGCAGAGGAGUGGUACAAGUCCAAAUACGCAGACCUGUCGGACGCAGCAAACCGGAACCACGAGGCCCUGCGUCAAGCCAAGCAGGAGAUGAAUGAGUCCCGACGCCAGAUACAGAGCCUGACAUGCGAAGUGGACGGGCUGCGCGGUACGAACGAGGCGCUGCUCAGACAGCUGCGGGAGCUGGAGGAGCAAUUUGCCCUGGAAGCGGGCGGGUACCAGGCCGGAGCCGCGAGGCUCGAGGAGGAGCUGCGACAGCUAAAGGAGGAGAUGGCGCGGCACCUGCGCGAGUACCAGGAGCUCCUCAACGUCAAGAUGGCCCUGGAUAUCGAGAUCGCCACCUACCGGAAGCUUCUAGAGGGCGAGGAGAGCAGGAUCUCCGUGCCAGUCCAUUCUUUUGCAUCCUUAAGUAUAAAGACAACUGUGCCUGAGGUGGAGCCUCCCCAGGACAGCCACAGCCGGAAGAUGGUUCUGAUCAAGACCAUUGAGACUCGGGAUGGGGAGGUGGUGACUGAGUCCCAGAAGGAGCAGCGCAGUGAGCUGGACAAGUCUUCAACUCACAGCUACUGAACCCAGUGGUCCAGAGCUUCCUGACCCUGCCCUAGGCCUACUCUAAGUCCCAGACCCUAACACCAGUACUGAAUUAGUCCUCUCUCACUCUGCAUGUGUCUGGGGGGAUGGCACAAGCCACCCCUUCUCUGGCCCAUGGCCAAGCCCUCCCCAGCCAGCCCUCUCCCUGCCCUGACAUAUAUAUAUAUAUAUAACCUAUGUGUUCCCCUUAUUGCAUCCUAGUCAGAGACCAACAAUCCCCAGAUCAAGUCUACUCCUACUAUUAUCCAGUGCCCAGUGGAGUGGGCUGGGGUCUGAGUUUCACUUUUGAAUCAAAUAAAACUGCUGUCAAGAAAAAC